GUAAAGAGAAGCGCGCUCGUUAGUUCACGGCUGGGUGUUGUGCGUUCGUUUUAAGGCUCUUAAUUCUACUCAGGCUUUGGCGUCGACGAAUUGAUUAGACACAGAAUUCAUGCUCUUAUUUUGGUAGAAAGAAGACAUGGAAGACGACGAGAAGAAAGUGGCGCUGAACGGUGCUGCGGAAGGGGAUAAUCCACCCGAAGAGGACGGUGAAUAUAAAGUAGAGGUUGAGAUCAAUAUGGAAGAACGAGAAAAGUGGGGCAAGAAAGUGGAGUUUUUCCUCGCGUGUAUCGGCUACGCUGUUGGGUUAGGCAACGUGUGGCGGUUUCCGUACUUGUGUUUCGAGAACGGCGGUGGUGCGUUUCUCAUCCCUUACGUCUGUAUGCUGUUUCUAUGUGGAAUGCCAUUGUUCUUCAUGGAACUUGCCCUUGGCCAGUACGUGAGCUUAGGACCUGUAACAUCGUGGGCGGCCAUAUGUCCUUUGGCCAAAGGUAAUUGUAUCGUUCUUGAGAAGCAAUGUUCACCGUCCUUGAUCUAUUUAUCUUUCUACGAUAAAAAUUUAAAUACUACGGUCAGUUCGAAGCGUAUUACUUUGUGGAGAGAAACACUGUUGGAAUCUUAUUGAAAUCUUUCUUGUGACAGCAUGUUCAGUGAUUUUUUUUUCACGGUAGCAAAGUAUCGUGUCGUGUGUAGUUCAUCCCAAAUUCCGUGUCUGAAAGCUUUGUUUCUAUAUUACUUGAUCUCGAAGAUGAAUGGAAAUUUUAAAAUGAUUUUUAAUAAACCACGAAAAGUUUUAUUUGAUAAGGUUAUUUUUAGUUUUGAUGGCGUUCUCCCAAUAUCCACGAUUUAAGAAUACAAAAGUGGAAUAUUGUUGUCUUAAGAUAGAGAGUCUUUCUUGAAAACGGUUGUCAGUUGAUCGAAAUGAGCAGGUUCGAAGCGUGCUUCGUCGAAAAUUUUGUAUGAAGUAUAUAAUUAAUUUAUGAGGCAGAACACUGUUACAGUUUUGCUCGCACAAAGCAUGCAAUAUUGAUAACAAUUUACACAUUGUUAGUUAGUUCUCACUCUUAGACAAGAACACAUUCUACUUUGCUCUCCGCAAGGGUCAAUAUAUAACGCUUUCAUUGAUGUUGUUUCAUGAAAACUUGUUUUUAAAUUCCCUUAAGAACCACCGCUCCUGUUUAGAUUACUUUUUAUAUUUUGAUCGCUGAGAUGAUCCUCGGUAAGAUCACCCGAUAAAUUUUCAACAAAACAAUGUGUUAUCUUUAAAACGAUCUAUUCUUGUUAUCAGCUCUUUUUUUUUUUUCCCGACGUAUUUUAUAUUCCUAGUUGUAAAUUUCGUGCCAAGCCAUUCUUGAUGCUUACUUUCAAUAAGAGCGUGUUUCAACGCGGUAGAAAUUAAGCCCGAUGAUUAUCUCAUUAUUAGUAGUUCCAUAUAGGGACAUUUGGUUAGAGAUCAAAUUUUAUUUUUUUUAAUAUGAAAAAUUACUUAAAGCACAUAAAAUGUCCAACAAAUUACUAAAAAAUAUUCCUAAAAUGACGCAAAUUUACAUGCGAACACCAUGACUCAAAAUUGUUCAGUCUAGACAAAUGCUCUCGCUGCAAGCGUAGUAUCUUUGCGGGAAAAACUUUUACUACUCUCUCUGCGGGAAACGGUGAAACUGUCGUUGUUUUCGAAUUGAAAUGUUCAAUAUUUUAAGUCUGCCUGUGUUUGGGUGGAGUAAAUAUUCGCGCCUUCGAAAUUUUCUUGUACUGUGUCCUUAAGCUGUUAGAGAAUUCCUCAGGGAAAGCUUCUUUUUGAAAAUGCAAAUUUUGGAAAUGGUGUUGAUUAAAAAGAGACUUCUUUCUUCAAUCGGCUCUGUGUAAAACUCUUUCGCAAAGUAAACUUUUUUUCGAAAACAAUAUCAUGUGGACGCUAUUUAUUGUAUAUUGUGUAGUUUUGACUCGUCCCAUUAUACGUCUCGUUGGGAAUCGCGGUUUGUCGGUGACUGGAGAAAAUUGAAGCAAAUUGUACCUUGCUAAGAAAGCUGCCACAAGCCUUGAACUUGUACGAUUCAAAAUUAGCAGUCCAUUGAUGAAAUUUCGUUUUUUUCAAAUUUAAAAGCUACAGUGUUUCAAAUUUCUUCAAACACUAUUUGGAGGAAAUUCGGCCAUUUUUCUUGGUAAUCUAUGAGAAAUUCCACCUUUGUGUCUUUGGUUACACUUCGCCGCUUAUUUUACCGAUCUGCAAUUUUUCCCAUUUGCAAAUAAAUUUGUGGGAUCAAUAGGCAUUUUGCUCGAUUCAUUUUAGAAUAUCACCACACUCUCCUUAUCAGAAUCUUUUAGUGCACUCGAAAAAUACUCAAUUAUUGUUAGAAGUGAUCUUCGUGAAGUCCUGCCUCCGUCUUGUCAUCUGCAUUGUUAUAGGUCGCAACAUUCCCUACACCGUAGUUCUUAAGUGCACUCGGAAUUUUUCAGUCAUUAUUUGAAGUGAUCGUCGCAAAGGCCCGCCUUUUUGAAGUCAUCUGAUAUGUGAUCUAAACUUUGAGUGCCCUCGAAAGCUAUUCACUGGCAUCAGUAGCGGCGAACGAUAGAACAGACAUAAAUCAAACUGUUUGUUUUGAGGUGACCCUGCUUUUAAGAACAAGUUGCGAGGAAAUUUACGGAAAAAGCUCUCCCUGGCAGAGUCUUCACUAUGCCCGAAAGCUUUAUAUGCGUUACCAUGGACACAUUGAACGUGUCAAAAGAAAUAUUCUGCUGUUUUCUCGGAAGGUACAGAAUCUUCCACUAUGAAAUUAAGGAAGGUACAGAAUCUUCCACAAUGAAAUGAAGACGCAGUCUCUGUAAGAGCGGUCCAGUACGUUUCGGGUAAAAUCGCUUUAGCGAUCAUCAAAAGUAGCACAAAUUUCCGAGCUCGUCUUUUCAAAAAAUUCUAAAUUGAGAGUUUUGUUUUGAUUUGCAUAUUUAGAUCAACCCUUUAUUUAACAAAUUGAGAGGCCUUGUCUGUGCUCUGUUCUGUUGUAAAGCAAGCAGGAAGCGACUAUAGCACGAAAGAAGUGUAGGGAAAAACACGAGACGUAGUCGAGUGUUACUUCCCACUUCUUGAGUGCUCUGGCCGCUUCCUAAGUGCUUUAUAACAUAACAGAGCACAGUCAAGGCUUCUCUAUUUGUUUUAUAAUAAAUAAUCCGUUAAAUUCCCCACGCAUUACUUUCAAAUUUCCAAAACAAACUUUAUUUCCAAAGCGAACAACAGUGUCGUCAGCGUGCUUUAUUCUCUCAUAAAGCACGCUACAAUAAGCCAAUCAGAAUCCCUGUUAGAAGGGUUCAAAUAAACUGAUUGGCUGUACAAAACUUAAGCUGUCAAAAAUGUCAAACCAAGUUCACAUUGUGCAAUAGUUUACAAACUGAAUAGUUCGGCAGGUCGAAUUUAACUCUUUGGCCUGAAGCCUUUAAGUCUCUAAUACAGAAUCUGAAAGUGAAAUGUUGAAUGAAAUCCGGCCGAAUCAUAGCUCAUAAAAACACGCAAGUUUUUUUCACAUGGCAAGUAGAAAACAAACUGUUCGGGCGUGUGUUUUAUGAAUGAACGACUGCCGAAUUUACCGGAACAUGGAGAUUGCUCGAGAUAACAGCACCGUAAAACUCGGCUACAGUGACUGAUGUGGCCUUCCGCUCAACGCUUAGGGAAAGGAUAUCAGUGCAAGCUCUUGGUUGUUCUCUCGAAGGGCAGCCGAUGUAAUUUCUGAGGCUUACUUUUCUGCUAUGACCGGAGAUUGCCAUGAUGAGUUAGCCGCGUUGGACCUCAGCAUGACAACGUCGUUACUAGUACGAGUUUUAACGGUUAUGCCUGUUUGGCUAUGUUUUUCAUCAUUCCUGUUUUGUUUUUGAACACGAAACAAUAUAUACUACACGAGUGUUAGCUGUGUUUGAUUUUUAUUACCGUACGUAAGCUUACAAUCCAACUGAGCGUGAAAACCUUCAAAACUCGGACUGUUCAUUUCUUUUACUCUUUGAGGAUUUUUGUCUCUGCUCACGCUAUAACGUCAAUUGCGGCGCCUGGCAUGUUUACAAAUCUUUGUUUGGUUCUUUUGUUGCUAUUUGCCGACUUGCCUGUUCCGAAAUUUCACUCCUAAUUAGGGAAAAAAAACCUAGGGAAAAGUCCCGAAGAAGUCGGACAUAACACAAUUUGGCAGAUGGCGUGACAGGUUUAGCUCAGGUCUAUACUUUAAACUCUCAUAGAGCACGCUCUUUCAACCAAUGACAGCGCGCGUUAUAUUCACUAAUUUUUUUUUGUUUGUUUUACACCUACUUUGACGCUACCGCCAUGACAUGAAAUAUGCAACUUUUUAUCUCGGCUCAGCGCAAAAUUCUAACCUCUUCCCACGAUAUUUAGAAAUAUAAAAACUUGUUGUGGUUUCGGUGAAAUUCUAGAAUAGCACGCCAUUAAAUCACGCGCUAUAGAAGUCCUAUUGGGCGUUUGAGCGCUGAAGGUGGUUUCGAUUACUUUUCGACCGCUUUUAAGAGACUGCGUCGUAAAGCCUUAUUUUAAUGUAGAGAUUCUGAAAGACUGUUUAGUCGAGCCGGCGAUAAGAAGGGCUGUGAGUUGAUAGUUGUUCGUUGAUGGUGCUGUGUCGCUAUUCGUGAAUCUGCGCAAUUUACGUGAAUCUUUGAUUUUCCAUGUUCUUCAGUUGCACUCCUCUUUUCGAUUCUUGACUAUCUUUUUUUUCUUCGUAGUAUAGAGCAUUUUUCAAUUGAGUGCUGAAAACAUCCCGGGAUUGUAUUCUCUACUCCGCUCAAUGAUUGGUAGAGAAAACACGCCGGCGCCACUCGCACAACCAAUCAGAUGCAAAACUAAAACUAAUACGACUGGGUCACCCACGCUUUUCCCGCUCUUUAAGCUGUUUUCUUGUUUUUUUUUCUCUUAAGUUCUCAUCGGCGCUUCCUUCUGAUUGGCCAGUGUGAUUACUUUGGCUUUGGUUUUACGACUCUCAAUCUAAAAGCUCUCUUUCAUCGUAUUUUCUAUUUUUCUUUCUCACUGAGGUAAUAUUUGUAGCCUAUAGUAUAUAAUAUUUGAUUGAUUGAUUGAUUGAUUGAAUGGUUGACUAGGUGUGGGUUUUUCCAUGUUGGUCGUGUCCUUCCUCUGCUGUGUGUACUACAAUGUCAUUAUCGCCUGGUGUUUGUACUACAUGUUUAAGUCGUUUGCCAGCAUGGUUCCGUGGGCAAAUUGUAACAACUGGUGGAACACACCCAACUGCGCACGCUCAAAGAAAACGAGUAGAGUCACUGAAAAUGGAGGUGUGCCCAGUAACACAACAGGCAACAACACGGAGUUCCUCUACACCACCUCUUGUAUUAACCAAACCUUUCCAGAAGUUGGAAACUUGACUGGCGGGAACAUGACUGUAACGAAUGCAUCCAUGCCAAUGUUGAAAUGCCUUAACACGACCCUCAACGCCACUGCAAAUGCUACUGCUACCGUCACAAAAGUUUCUGCCGUGGAUAGCAAUUCUCCCAGCAAAGAAUUCUGGGAAAAUUAUGUCCUUCGAAUUACAGACGACAUGGGAGACCUCGGCUCAAUGCGUGUCGAGCUGUUAGUAGCACUCAUCGUGGCCUGGAUUCUGGUGUAUUUUUGUCUGUGGAAGGGAAUAAAGUCCUCGGGGAAGGUGGUAUAUUUCACCGCUACUUUCCCUUAUGUGGUUCUUGUAAUUUUGCUUAUCCGGGGGGUUACUUUGCCUGGUGCAUCUAAGGGCAUCGAAUUCUAUUUGAAGCCCGAUUUCAAGAAGCUGGCCGAUGCCUCUGUCUGGGCUACAGCUGCCACUCAGAUAUUUUAUUCACUUGGUAUCGGAUUUGGUUCGCUCAUUACCAUGGGGAGUUUCAACCAGUUUCAUAACAACUGUUUCAGGUGAGAGUUGCACACUUGAAUGAGACUUUUUUACUUGCUCGCUUGCUUGCUUGUUCGACUUUCCUCCGUCAUUAUCAUAGUUGUUUGUCUGUUUGAUUGAUAUUCUGUUUGUUUUUCGUUUGGGGACAUUAUGCGGAUCUAAAAGACCCUUUUCGAGCUGUGGCUGAGCCGCCGGCGCACUCUACUCUCGCAGCCCCUUUCUUUAUUUAGGGAAGAAGGGAAGCCUUAGCAGUACUUGUGCUAAACUGCAAUGGAGAAGGCUUCCCAUUUUAUGUUCGACGAUGUGUUUAGCUCAUGUCCUAGACGUAACCAUCAAACUUUGUUUGUUUCAGAGAUGCCAUGAUUGUAUCCGUUAUAAACUGCAGCACCAGUGUCUUUGCUGGCUUCGUGAUCUUCAGCGUGCUUGGCUUCAUGGCACACGUGUCCGGCAAGGCAGUCAAAGACGUGGCUACAUCCGGUCCUGGCUUGGCCUUCGUUGUUUAUCCUGAGGGGAUUGCCCAGAUGCCUAUUUCUCCAUUCUGGGCUGUGUUGUUCUUCUUCAUGUUGUUAACGUUAGGGCUUGAUACCCAGUUCGCCAUGUUUGAAGCUGUUGUGACUGGCCUUGUGGAUGAGUACCCGCGCUUUUUGAAAAAACGCAAAGAGCUGUUUAUCGCUUUCCUGUGUUUCCUCUGCUUCCUGCUGGGUAUCCCUAUGGUCAUGCAGGUACUGUGGUUUUUAAAACACAGGGGUCAAAGUCCGCCAUAUUGCUUUUAUAAAGAUACGCAUGCACAGUGUUUGACCGCUGUGUCGGUUUUUAAUAGCUUCAUCCAUGUAGGAAAUCGCUUUUAAAUAGAAGGAAAUUUGAAAUUGUUUCAGGACAGGCGAACAUUUAAGCUUUUUGGUUGCGUUUUGUUUUACUAGGAAGAAAACAAAUGAUUACUGUCGGAAUUUGUUCAAUUUAGUGGCAUGACUUGAUUAGUGUAUGGAGACCAUUUUAUCUUGAUCAUGAUAGUAAAUAGACAUGUGAUACUUUGCAUUUUAGGGCGGCAUGUAUAUUCUUAACCUGUACAACUAUCAGUCUGGUGGAGUGUCUUUGCUGUUCUUGGCUUUGUUUGAAGUUCUCACCGUUUCCUGGGGCUAUGGAGCAGACCGUUUUGCCAAAGACAUCGAGAACAUGAUUGGUUACAAAAUAUGGCGAUGGUGGCCUAUUGCCUGGAAAUUUCUCACCCCGCUUGUUAUUUUAGGUUGGUGGUGAUACAAAAGAACUAUGCGCGUGCCUCUCUUCUAAAACUUACAAGUAGAGGGAUAACGUAAUGGAGAAAUAUACCAAAUUGUCAAACCAGCCUUAACUAAUCGUUACUCAGUCCUGGAACAUUCACUGCUGUUUAGAAAAGUUUAGAAAAGUUGUUUAGAAAAGAUGGUUAAUCGUCUUGUCGCGGGCGUGGGACAAAGAAAAAAUCUGUGUCUUGAAUUUAAUUUAAGACCUUCGGAGUCCGCGCUACAAUGCUCUACCACUGAGCUACUACUGAGAGAUUAAUUUUGUGCUAAGCCCUUACCCCGUUAAUAUACGAUACACAUCCUGCAUACUGCGAGGAUCAGCGAUGUACAAAGGGUCUUGCAAAAAUUUGAAAUUUUGAAAUUAUGAAAUUUUAAUCUCGGUAAUGGAGUAAGGAAGGAUGUUUUUUUCGUACUGUCGCGAACGUGGGAUAAGGAAAAACCAUGGCCGUGGUGCCCGUCGCCUGAAAAUUCUUCUCUCCCCUUGUUAUUUACGGUAGUUAGUGAUUAAAUAAAACCACUCGCCUCUCGUAUUGACCGGUAAGGUUGCCCUACAUAAGGCUUUUACCAGUUAGCAUCUCACGACAUUAUCUCAAGUUCUCGCGUCGGCUUUUUGUCCUCUGAUCUUUUUGGAUGGUGUGAUGACUUUGGUUUUGGUUUUAUGGCGCUCAAUAAAAAAGUACUAAAUUUCAAAAGUUAUUUAAAGCCAGCUGUUCUCACUGUUUUUUGUCCUAUUUAUCCUCUUAUCCUCUAGGGGUUUUCCUAUUCAGUGUCAUUCAGUGGAGCGGCGUAAAGUAUGGUGAUUAUCAGUAUCCUCCAUGGGCAGAAUUCUGUGGCUGGGUUCUAGCGCUGGCCUCCAUGUUGUGGAUCCCAGGGGUUGCCACUUACAAGCUUAUCAAAACCCCUGGGAGUUCUCUGUAUCAGAGGAUAUGCUUCCUUCUGCGGCCAGACGAAGAGGAGAUGAAAGCGAUAGAGUUACGCGAAGGCUUAGCAACACAGGGCGAGAUGGAAACUCUCUAGAGAAUCCUGAUUUCAUUGGGUGUGUCUCUAAAAGAGUUGUUUUAAGUUGUUUUAAUUUUAGAAAAAGCACGUGUGGUAUUGUUUGUAUGGUUUGCACUAACAAUAGGAUAAGAGGGUUUUUUUUAAAAUUUUGAUUAUUUUAAGAAGAAUUUUAAGUUAAGCUCGCUUACUUGACUCUGAUAUUUAAAAUGGUUAAAAUAAUGGCAGUUUUUGAAGUUACAGAAAAAGAAAGAAUGAGUUAUAGGUUGGAGUAGGCCGAUCUUGUUGGGGAAAAGGAUGAGAAAAAUGAACUAAUUUUAAGUAGCAAAUAUUCAUGUAAAUUUGCCGCUUGUAUGUAAGACAGACUUUACACAUUAGCAACAUAUCUUCUGCGUAUACCAUUUGCUUCUGUAUCGCUGUUCAAAUUCCACUUUUAGAUGUUCAUUUUACAAAGGGUUGUCAACUCCAAGUAUAGAAGAGGUCUCUUCGGUAAUCUCGAUAAAUACCGGAUCGAGAAUGUUUACUAUUCGUGAGACUUGAGAGUUGAACGCUAAACGUUAAGAACAUCAUACUGAAAAUAUUUAGCCGAACUUUUAAUGUGUCAAAUGAAGACAAAAAGCCAUAUUUUGUCUCUUUAAAAACUAACUGACAUCUCAGGUUUCGCCUAUAAUAAUUCCCGUAGGACAAGUUAUUUAGUAAAUAAACCCCUUCAGGCGGCUGGUAUGUCAGCUGAAAAUGUCAGCGUCUGCGGUUUUUGUGAACUUACUAUGCUUUAACAAAUUCCAAACGAAAACUAAAGGAAUCAUACUUUCGUAAUCGAAAUAUGUUUGUUUGUUCGCAAUUAGCUGGAAACUUAGGUCAAAUUAUUUGCCAUCUACUUCAUGUUUCAAAAUAAAAAAUGGCUUGCUAUGUAAUAUACUGUUACAAGAACGUUUAAUUACAGCAAAAAAUUCUGCAUUAGUUGAUAUUACAACCGUUUCUUGAUGCCUCUUGCGAGUUCACUUAAUCAUUAUACUGGUAAGAAAGCUGCAUCGAUUCAAUGCAUGCAAUCUUUGGCUUUUGAUCGGUCAAAUUUACACAUGGGAUAAUUAUAAAAGACAUUCUCUCACUAGGUCUGAGGAUAGUGUCAUGAGGAAAGAUUUCCUUAGCAUUUUACGUUUUUCAGUAGCAACUAUAAUUGCAAAUAUUGCUAAAAAUAUUUAUCGCUGUUAUAACAUAGUUAAAAUUCCAAUUAUAUUCUGCAGGUGGUAUACAACUGCUGAUGUUAGAAAUAGUUUGAUUAAGGCGUUCAUAAAGUUUUACUGUUGUUUUGUGAAGGUUAAUGCUUGCAAUGUGGUCAAAUAUCAAAGUGACACCAGCAGUUACCGGGAAAAUGAUAAAUUGAAUUACCACUGUAAAAAGAACAACCAAGAAAGGUUAAGCCUCCUUGUGCUGUAGAAAUCAGCUUUAACUGAAGCCUGAUUUUAUUAUCUUUGUUGUCUUUGGAAUGAUGUGCAGUAGUUUUAACGAUUGCCCUUAACAUAAAGACGUCAAUGAAGAAGAAAGGCUUGGCAAGCUGAGAGCUGUCAACCAUUUAUCCUAAAAAUUCCACAAGGUUUGGACUCUUUUUGUUAACCAUUUUUCGGGUUUUUGUAGAAUCUCAUCACUACAUGUACAUUGGUCAAAUGUCAAAAUGGUCGAUUGUCUUAGACGGACGCCCGGGAACUGCUGGUGUUAUUUCAAUAAGAUCACUUCGUGAAAGACGUAGGAUCUUCUUUGUAGAUUCAGUUUAAAUAAUGGUGCCAUUUUAAAUUAGCUAAGGCAAGUAGAAGUUAAUGUUUUCUAAUUUGUUGCUUACAUAGUAAUUCAUAUUACCAAUGAAAGUUAAUGAACAUUUCAGAAUAAACCAAGGAAACAGUUGGUUUGUG